GUUUCUCGACGAAGAACCUCGACUCGAGUUUUCCAUCUGAUUCUGAAUCGAAGACUAUCCUAAUUUAUUUGGGCGAUUUCCUCCGAUAAAAUGAGUUUAAUUCUCCGGUCCUUGUCCCGCGCGGCUACAAACCAGUGUUCCCGAGAAAUGUUGUGUUGCUUCAGGACAAGAGCAUCGUUUUCCACAUCGUCGGUUGCACUGAAGGAUCCUCGUCAGCAGAAGGAAGCACCAAUCGUAGAUGCCGAACUAAUCAUUGCCGACGAUGUUGCGCAGCGUGAGCGAGAAAAGCUGGCUAGCACCAUAGCCGUUCCCACCAAGGUCGAUUUGAGCCCGAUUUCUGGUGUCCCGGAAGAGCAUGUGAAGGAACGUCGCGUACGUAUCUUCAUGCCAGCCAAGAAUGCCAUGCAAAGUGGAACGGACAACCUUCACCACUGGACCAUUGAGUUUGAUAACCGCGAACGCUGGGAAAACCCACUGAUGGGAUGGUCAUCGUCCGGUGAUCCGCUGUCGAACAUGCGAGUGGAUUUCGGUUCAUCAGAGGAAGCCAUCAACCAUUGCGAGCGAAACGGUUGGAGAUGGUUCAUUGAUAAUCCGGAGGUACCCCAGAAGCACCGCGUCAAGAACUACGGCAUCAACUUCGCGUGGAACAAGCGCACCCGUGUGUCGACCAAGUAAGUCCAAGGAUAUUAGAUGCGAAAUUUCGACGUCUUGUUAGAUUGUUUGUGUAAAAAUAUAAAUCGGAUCGAUCCUAGUUGGUUCGUGAACAAUAACAGAUCGAAAAGGUGAAA